GGAGGAGGAGGCCACAUGGAGGGAGGGGAUGGAGGAGGACCCAGCUGGGACUUUCCUCUCUGCCCUGGGGAGAAGAGACAAAAAGUUGGAUUACAGGAAAAUGUUUUGCGGCUCAUCCACGGAGGAGGCAUGCGGGAGCUGGCUGGUUUGUCCCCCCGUUCAGGAGCGGGCCUCCUCCUGCUGCUGUUGAUCCUGCCGGUUCUCCUCACUGUGCAGCUCCUGGUCCUGGUGCGUCUGUGGGUGGAGGAGAGGGACGGAGCUGUUGCCCUCACCGUUAUCAGCAUCGAACCAGAUAGGAGCUCCACAGGCCAGGCUUGGAGAGCCCAGUUCAGGGGACCGGGGUUGGAGGAGGAGAAGGAGAUGCAGGACGGAGAUCCGAGGAGGAAUGUGGCGCGAGGGUUUGAGGAUGAGAACGAGAUGGAAGAGGUGAGACCCGGAGUGAUGGAGGAGCAGCUGUGGGCGGCGAACAAGCCGUCCUUCUUUGCAGAACUCAGCCGCAUUAUCAAGUAUAUCACAAGCCCUCAGCUGAACUGCUCCAGGGUUUUACCUCCAGGGAAGGCUCAGGCAGUGACGCCCCCUGUGGCUUCAGCUCGCUGGCUGCUGUGUGCAGAGGACUGGCUGCUUCCAGCUCCACACAGACUCUGCAUUGCCUACUCUUUCAGUUUGGAUGGAGGAGAUGCAGACUUUCUGAGCACUGUCUCCAGGCUUGGAUGUGAAAUCCACCGUUUUGAUCCCAGCACCUCCAGUGCAUCUGUUGGUCACCUUGGUAACAGUUUGGCCAGUAACCAUGGAAACAGGGGCGUCUUCAGCCAGCACAAAUUGUGGCUGGAAUGGCGAGCUCCAAAGAGGCACAGGCACAGGUGGAGCGGCAGCCCGGGCGGGGUUUCUCACACGCUGGCUGACAUCAUGGCAGCGCUGGGACACCACACCGUUCAUUUUGUGUAUGCUGACCUGUUAAGUGCAGAGUGGCGGAUUUUUCAGAGCUGGAUAGAGAUGGGGACUCUGCAGAACAUUCAUCAUCUGGUUUGCACUGUGCACCUGCACUGGGCAGGCUUUGAGGUGGGAGGCAGCGAUGAGGAGGUUCUCCGCUACUGGUUCAGUGUCCUUCGGGGCCUUGAAGCCUCUGGAAUGCACCUGGUCCACAGCUCCUCAGGAGAGGGUCACAGUGUCCUGAAACACAGCACAGAAAGUGCUCACAGCUCCUACACCCUCAGCUGGGCCAACACACGACACUAAUUAUCAACAUGCACAUCUGUGGAACAGAACAAGAAAGAAUAUGAUUGAGCAAUU